GUGGAAAAGCAAGAAACUUGAGCACUAGAGAGGAAAAAGGAAGAGGAGGAAACUGGCCGUCUCAUCUCGCCGCGCCACCAAACCGACCACCGGCCGGCUUCCCCCGGUGAGGAGUGGAGACAAGCCAGCAAGGCAAAGCCACCGCCGUCCUUGAGAUACCCCAUCCGCCAUCCCGCCGGACCUCCCAGGAGAGGGUGGGAGGGGGGAGAGGGAUCUCGCCUUCGCUUGAUCGCUUCGCUGCCGAACGCGCACCACGCCUCCCCAUGACACCAGCUAGGGCGCCGCGAGCCCACGCCUCCACCUCCUCCUCGCGGUGACCUCUGGUGUGCCUCAUAGCCUCGUCGGGCCGCAUGGACGUCUCGGCCGCCUCCGCCUCGGGCGGGGGAAGGUGGUACACGGGCAUGUCGGCGGACAACAUCAAGGGCCUGGUGCUCGCCCUCUCCUCCAGCCUCUUCAUCGGCGCCAGCUUCAUCAUCAAGAAGAAGGGCCUCAAGAAGGCCGCCUCCUCCGGCGUCAGGGCCGGGGUUGGUGGCUAUUCGUAUUUAUAUGAGCCUCUUUGGUGGGUUGGCAUGAUAACAAUGAUUGUUGGGGAGGUUGCAAAUUUUGCAGCUUAUGCAUUUGCUCCAGCUAUUCUGGUCACUCCUCUUGGCGCUCUUAGCAUUAUUAUCAGUGCUGUACUUGCACAUGUAAUGCUACGGGAGAAAUUGCACAUCUUUGGCAUUCUUGGAUGUGUCCUAUGUGUUGUGGGAUCCACCACAAUUGUCCUUCAUGCUCCACCAGAGCGUGAAAUUGAGUCUGUGACAGAAGUGUGGGAUCUGGCUAUGGAACCAGCCUUCAUGUGUUAUGCAGCUGUGGUAAUUGCUAUAGUUGCCAUACUUGUUUAUCGGUUUGUCCCACUUUAUGGGCAGACACAUGUCAUGGUCUAUAUAGGUGUUUGUUCUCUUGUUGGUUCCAUCUCGGUCAUGAGCGUGAAAGCUCUUGGUAUAGCAUUGAAGCUGACCUUUUCAGGAACGAACCAACUAAUAUAUCCACAGACAUGUGCAUUUACUCUGGUUGUCAUCUCAUGUAUCCUUACCCAAAUGAAUUACUUGAACAAGGCACUUGACACUUUUAACACAGCAGUUGUGUCGCCCAUUUAUUAUACCAUGUUCACAUCUUUAACCAUCUUGGCUAGUGUCAUCAUGUUCAAGGAUUGGGACAGGCAAAAUCCAACACAAAUUGUGACAGAGAUGUGUGGCUUUGUUACGAUCCUUUCUGGAACUUUUCUUCUACAUAAAACAAAAGACAUGGCUGAUGGUGGGCUUUCGACUUCAUCUUCCUUCCGUCUUCCGACGUCUUCGUCAGUGCGGUUCUCGAAGCAAACAGAUAAUGAUAGUGAAGGAAUUCCUUUGAGGUCGUCAGAGUCAUUCCGGUCACCACAUUGAUGCAUGUUUGCUAAUCAUUAAUUCACACGAGUUAGGGUAUAUAUAUGUAUAUGGAUGAGCUUGUACCAAGGCUACAAUACAUUGUAGAACUCCUCUUCUUUUUGUUUUUCAUGGCACAUUUGUAUGUACACCCACAAAAUAUUCUCGGUGGUUAGCUCUGGAGGAAAUGCUGUUUUAAGUGUUUUGUC